CAGCCUCCAACUGGGAAGAGAGGCCGCUCCUUUGGUCGCCUCUCCGCGGGCGACUCUGUGGUUUCUCUUCCGGGUUGCGUAUACGGCGGCCGCGGAGGGCCGGGCGGUGCCAUGGCGGCGCACCUGAAGAAGCGGGUGUACGAGGAGUUCACCAAGGUGGUCCAGCAGCAGCAUGAAGACCUGUCUGCAAAGAAGCUGCGGCUGACCAAGCCCAGCAAGUCAGCGGCGCUCCACGUCGACCUGUGCAAAGCCACCUCACCUGCAGAUGCCUUGCAGUACCUGCUCCAGUUCACCAGGAAGCCCGUCGAAGUGGAGAGCGUCGAAGGGGUUGUCAGGAUCCUGCUGGAGCAUUAUUACAAGGAGAACGAUGCCUCUGUGAGACUGAAGAUUGCUUCCUUGCUGGGGCUGUUAUCGAAGACUGCAGGAUUUUCCCCAGACUGCAUCAUGGACGAUGCCAUUAACACGCUUCAAAAUGAGAAGUCUCACCAGGUCCUUGCUCAGCUGCUGGACACCCUGCUGGUGAUCGGCUCUAAACUCACAGAGAAUCCGUCGGUCAGGAUGAGGCUGGUCGAGGUUGCCUGCAAGCACCUGACAGAUUCUUCCCAUGGUGUAAGAAAUAAGUGUCUUCAGUUAAUUGGCUGUCUUGGACCAGUGGAAAAAGGUGUUGCAAAAGAAGCUGAAAGCCAAGCUGCCAAAGACGUUCAGAAGAUCAUAGGAGAUCAUUUUAAUGACCAGGACCCUCGUGUUAGGACUGCAGCUAUAAAAGCCAUGCUGCAGCUUCAUGAAAGAGGAUUAAAAUUACAGCAGGCUAUUUACAAUCAGGCCUGCAAGCUGUUGGCAGAUGAUUACGAGCAAGUGCGCAGCGCUGCCGUUCAGCUGAUUUGGGUCCUCAGUCAGCUUUACCCUGAAAGCAUCGUCCCGAUUCCUUCUUCUAACGAGGAAAUUCGCUUGGUUGAUGAUGCGUUUGGAAAAAUUUGUCAUAUGGUCAGUGAUGGUUCCUGGGUUGUUAGAGUACAAGCUGCCAAGUUACUGGGUUCCAUGCAACAAGUGAGUUCUCAUUUCUUAGAGCAGACCCUCGACAAGAAGCUCAUGUCAGACCUGAGGAGGAAGCGCACGGCACAUGAACGAGCCAAGGAACUCUACAGCUCUGGGGAGUUUUCAAGUGGCAGAAAGUGGGGAGAUGAUGCUCCCAAAGAAGAAAUCGAUACGGGCGCUGUGAACCUGAUUGAAUCGGGAGCUUGUGGGGCUUUUGUUCAUGGCCUGGAAGAUGAGAUGUAUGAGGUUCGGAUCGCCGCGGUCGAAGCCCUUUGCAUGUUGGCUCAGUCCUCGCCUUCUUUCGCGGAGAAAUGCCUGGAUUUUUUGGUCGACAUGUUUAACGACGAGAUCGAGGAGGUGAGAUUGCAGUCGAUCCACACGAUGAGGAAGAUUUCCAACAACAUCACGCUGCGGGAAGACCAGCUGGAUACCGUGUUAGCUGUCUUGGAGGAUUCUUCAAGGGACAUUCGGGAAGCGCUUCAUGAACUGUUGUGUUGCACCAACGUCUCCACUAAGGAAGGCAUCCAUCUGGCACUGGUGGAGCUGCUGAAAAACCUCACAAAGUAUCCCACAGACAGAGAAUCCAUCUGGAAAUGCUUGAAGUUCCUGGGCAGCAGACACCCCACUUUGGUGCUUCCCUUGGUCCCAGAGCUGCUGAGUACGCACCCGUUCUUCGACACUCCUGAACCAGACAUGGAUGACCCAGCCUACAUUGCUGUGCUGGUUCUGAUUUUUAAUGCUGCUAAGAGUUGCCCGACCAUGCCCGCCCUGUUCUCUGAUCACACGUUCAGACACUACGCGUAUCUUCGGGACAGUCUCUCUCAUCUGGUCCCUCCACUAAGAUUGCCAGGUAGGAAGCUGGUGUCCUCCCCGGUCUCUCCCAGCAUUACACCACACGAAGAUCCUUCCCAGCAGUUCUUACACCAGAGCCUGGAGAGGGUUUACAACCUUCAGCACCUCGACCCGCAGGGCGUGCAGGAGCUGCUGGAAUUCACCAUCCGUGAUCUUCAGAGGCUCGGAGAGCUGCAAUCGGAACUGGCAGGGAUGGCGGAUUUCACUGCAACUUACCUUCAGUGUCAGCUGCUCCUCAUCAAGGCCUUGCAGGAGAAGCUGUGGAACGUGGCAGCUCCUCUGUACCUGAAACAGAACGUGUUGGCGUCUGCUGCGGCAAAACAGAUCUUGGAAGAAACUUACAAGAUGGAGUUUAUGUACAGCGGAGUGGAAAGCAGACAAGUGGUCAUUAUCCAUCACAUGAGGCUGCAGGCGAAGGCGUUACAGCUCAUCGUGACCGCACGUACCACUAGAGGAGUGGAACCCCUUUUUGGGAUGUGUGAAAAAUUCCUGCAAGAAGUGGAUUCCUUUCAGAGAUGUUUCAUCUCUGAGCUCCCACACAUGCAAGGCAGUUUUGUAGAUAAAUUGCUGGACUUAAUGCCCAGACUUGUGACAUCCAAGCCUUCGGAAGUGGUCAAGAUUCUUCAGACAACCCUGCGACAAAGUACCUUCCUUCACCUUCCUCUUCCAGAGCAGCUCCACAGAGCUACUGCAAAUAUCAUCGAGCCUACCGGUGAAUCGGAUAAUCCUCUGAGGUUUACAUCGGGGUUGGUGGUGGCACUGGAUGUUGAUGCGACUCUGGAACACGUGCAGGAUCCCCAAGGAACUGUUAAAGUCCAGGUAUUGUAUCCCGAUGGACAAGCACAAAUCAUCCAUCCGAAACCAGCUGACUUUCGAAAUCCUGGUCCUGGAAGGCACAGGCUGAUAACUCAGGUUUACCUCUCACACACAGCUUGGACAGAGCCGUGUCAGAUCGAAGUGCGGUUGUUGCUGGCGUACAACUCCAACAAGAGCAAAGCGUCUGCUAAAGUCCCCAAAUCUACCUGGAGCGAGAGUUUGGAGGCUCUUCCGCAAUCUGAAAACGGCAUCGAGGGGACCAUCCCCUUCAGCAAACCUGUCAAAGUUUAUAUCAUGCCCAAACCCGCCAGGCGGUGAAGUCUGUGGCUAAAAGAAAUAUAUUUGUGGGCAAUACACAGUGUUGCAAGAUGGUGAAUCAAACCAAAAUAGUUUUAUACUUGUAUGAAAAGGGAAAAAAAGAGAAAUAAAGCUGUUGAAGAACAAUCGAUCACGAAGCAGAUAGACCAACACAGGAGUUAUUCAGCUAAUUGGGAGUAGUUUCAAGAAAAUGCGGGUGGUUCUAUAUUGAAUCGACAAGAUGAAAACAGUUACCAAUCAGCAUUCCAGCAGUUAACGUCAUUUGGCCCUAUCUUCAGUUUUUACUUAUUAGAAGUUUCUCUUCAAGGUUUUUCUGCUGUGUAUUUACCAAGGUAUAUACUAUGUCAACGCUUAGUCACAUAAAUCAAGGUUAUUUUUACAGACCUUCGAAAUGAAACUGAGGAGUUCGGAUUUUUUGUAGAGGUUUGGUUUUGGUUUUUGGUUUGGUUGUUUUCUUUUUAAUGGCUAGAACUUGUGCAUUGGUACCUAAAUUCUUAGUGUCUCUCUCUCUCUCUAUAUAUAUAUAUAUCUAUAUCUAUAUAUCUAUCUAUAUAUAUAUGAAAUAUCAAAAGUGUUAUUGUUUUUGUGUAGGAACUGCACCUCAAAGUGGAAUUCCCAGUUGCCGUAGGUUAAAUCCUGAGCGAUGUUCUGUCCUAUAUUGAAGCUGGUGCAGUUUUGGGGAGCACAGGUUGUUCACAUUGUGGUGUCAGGGCAGGAGGAACCUGUUGGUACAACCAGAGCUUCAGUUACAGAACAUGGAGCUGGAGUUAGAGCAAGAAAACAAUAUGUUCAUCUUUUUGUUUACAAACCUGCAAGAGAUGAAAAUGUUUGACUCCGUUUUAUGGAUGUCUGUAGGAACAAUGUGAUUAAAUACCACAGAAUCUGUUUCUGGGUGGUGAUCUUGGCCUGAACCAUCUUACUCAGAUGAGAAAACCUCUUUAGUUUUACAGUCCCGCAGCAGUUUUGCCAAUCGAAGUGUUUCUGAUGAGCUGAAAUAUCCAAAGCUCUCAAUUACGCAGCGGUCAGGCAGCUUCUCAGUGUCCUAAGUGGCUGAGCUAUGAGUACGGAGGGACAGAAUUAUACUGUAAAUGUGGUUUUUCUGGCAUUCCUGGUGGAAAGGGUGUCUGGGCAAAGCUUCAGCGGACUGAGGAACAUCCCACAAUAUGUAGCAAACCUUUGGUAGGAUUUUCUAGGAGCGCUUAAUGUGUGAAACUUUGUAGUGCAGCAGCUAAAUGUUACCUGUCCUCAUGAAUCAUUAAAAAGAAACAAAGGUGUAUUUUUAGCAAGUAAACAGAGCCCUGAAGAAACACAUUCCAGUUGUACGAAGAUCAGUGUAAAUAAUAACCCCUUCUGUGCUUUUUCUACAAUAAAAUGGGAAAAAUCA